AGCUCCAGUUUACUGCUCAGCUGCUGUAUUGGGUGGAGUCCUGUGCGCUUGACGCUCCACUGGAACAGGAGACCUGCCACAUUACGCACGGGGAGUUCGCCAAGCACGCCUGUUCCGCGAGGAGACGGGAGGGAAGAGAACUUUGAGAACAAAGCUGACGAUUUUAUGUUUUUGUUCUACGAAAAGGAAGAGUUUGUUACUCCAUCCCUGUAUACAGAGUGGAGUUUUGGGACAUUUUGAUAGUUUUCUCUGUAGCCUAUGGUUAUUUUAAGAUUAUUAUAAAGACUGUGUUUGAGGAGAUUCAAAGAUUAUUCAGAGUGAGAGCAGACACGUUCGCGGACUUUCUCUCCAAGGACUGCUCGGAAGCCACUGACCCUUCAUGAGAUACCCACGAGUCGCCUGGCAUUUGACCCGAUAACCAUGGACGUCCGAGUGCAGGCCAAUCCGAACCUCCAUUUCGGGGUCAACGGGGGUCAUGAUGUCGCUAAUAGAAACUCCCGCAGUAGACCAUUUGAGGAUAAGACGCUUCAGUUCUUAAGCCAGGAGGAGCAGGAUUGUAUCCUGUUCUUUGAGGAGACCAUCGACUCCCUUCUGACUGCCCCAGCAGUAGAUGAGCUUGAUGGGCCAGGACCCCCCAUCCUGGCAUCCGCCCCCAGCCCCGUACCACCCCGCUCAGCCUUGGACAGACACACCAGCACCAAGGACCAGGACAUCAUAGACCUGGUUCGCCCAGCACAGCCUGAUCUAGUCAACCCUAUACAGGCACCGUUCAAGUCUUCCAUGCCAGAUUUCACCCAGAAUAUGGUAAUGAACAACCCUGAGAGGCAUUUUGAUAACAAACCGAGGCGCGAGGUGAUGGAAAACUUCCCUACAGAGUGCAACCUGCCCCUUCCUGGAAAAGACCAUGCCCCCUAUGGCCACGCCCUGUACCAGCCUGUAGGCUCCGUCCCCACCCCCGUCGUCAUCGCCCAGAAGAUCGCCGAGCACCAGGGGAGCGGGGGGAACACCAACAUCCUCUCCUCCUCCCUCCUGUCCAACCACCAUAGGAACCUUGAUUUAGAGAACAUAGAGAGACCACCCACCUCCCCAGAUUAUCCAAUCAAACAGGGCCCGACCACCUCAGCCAAGCCCAACCAUUACCCCGUCAACAUCAGCAUGAUAAUGGGCAGCAACCAGCACCACAGCGAUUCGCUGGCCAGUGUGAACCUCCAGGACAGGAAGUCUCAGAUGCUGGCUAACCUAUCAGGGACGUCCCACCCUGUGGAGGCAGAGGAACUCCAUGGGCUGCAGAAGGUCCAGGUAAACCUUCCCACCCGCAGUGUGUCUUUCAGGGAUCCCACUCCAAAUAAGUCCCGGAUGGAGGCACUGUCCAAACUGGGCUUGAGCCGAAACCGCUCCCCGUCAGGGGAUUUCUCUCUUAUAAUCACCCCCAAUAGCAGCACAAACACCAAACCCGCUGCUGCCCCAAUUCCGGUUGCCACCCCUACACCCGUUCCUAUACCUACCCCUACACUGACACCCGUGAGUAAACCAGGCGUGGCCAGACAGGCAAGCCCCUUGCCACCAGUAACGGUCAACACCAACAGCUCUCACGCCAGUAUCCAUGACAACAAGCUUGCUUCUCCCCCGCCCGAAGUCUCGUCCAAGGACUUUAACAGCUACGGCGGGAAGACCAUCGUGGUGAACCCCUCGAAGGCUGCUGCUGCUGCUCCCUCCACCAGUAGCCAUGGCAGUAAGGCCCACCCAGUGACCUCUCACAGUGACUUCAACCCUUACGGGGGUAAGACUAAGGUAAUGAAACCUGCUCCUGUUACCACAACCAGGGCUGAUCCACCACAACCAGACAUCCAGAACAGGGCCAUACCUCCCCCAGCAUCCACCUCAGCCAGAGUGAUGCCUCCCCCAGCCUCCAACUUCACCCCAGCCAGAGUGAUGCCUCCGCCUGUCUCCACCCCCACCCCAGCCAGAGUGAUGCCUCCCCCAACCUCCAACUUCACCCCAGCCAGAGUGAUGCCUCCCCCAGUUUUCAACUCCACCCCAGCCAGAGUGAUGCCUCCACCAACCUCCACCUCCAUCCCAACCAAAGUAGAAACCAUGCCCUACGAGGUCAACAGCUACGGGGGGAAGACCAGAAUGGUCACCCCAUCCCACACCACACCCUCCCCCGUUACCACCCCUGACAUCCUCGCACACACUCUAGUGAGGUCCCCCAGCAAAGCUUCAUCCCCAGUGCCUUCUCAAGCCCCCAGACCUUUCCGCUACAGCACUCCCCCUAGCUCCAACAGGAUGGUGGCGUCUCCCCCGGAGCCCCGGCCGAAGUCCGCCGUCUCCAAGCCGUCCUUCCGCUCCCAAGGGAUCACUGUGCAGUUCUCUGGACGGGGAGCGACGGAUGAGUCACGCAGAGAUGCGCUCCGGAAACUGGGACUGCUGAAAGACACUUUCUAACUCUGGGAUCGCCACCUCUGUCUUCCUUCUUUCAUUGUCUCCUCUGCAUAACCUCCAUUCCGAUGCCAGGUAGACAGACGUAACUAAUGACUCCGACGUUUUUUUUCUCUGAAAGGAUGUGAGGUGUGGCAGGAAAAGAUACCUACAUUACUGUGGAAUGAAACAGGAUCCUGGUUGAAACCCGGCACACCAGGUUCUGAGCCAAUGAAUGCUGACAAACGAGUCCGACGCACCACAUGGCCUAGUUGACGAAUGAGCACGCGUACGUUUUUUUUUUUCAGAUACACACACGCGCACAUGUAUACACAAGCAUUCGUCGAACACAUACGUUCACAUGCACUCAUACCCACAAAUACAUUCACCCAACAACUCCCACACUCCCACGGAGCUGUUAUAUGCAUCAAAGGUCCGUCUCUUUAUUGUGCUCUAUUUAACUGUAAUCCUACUCAAUGUUUUACAUUGCCUCUGAACCAAGACAUAGUUUUUCCGCUACUUCACAGUAUACAUGUACCUCUAUUUUGUCUCUGGGCCAAAACAGACAAAAAACAGACCUGUGCAAAGGGGAACGCAGACAGCCGAAUGUCUUUUGGCAUUGGCACAUUUGGCAGAGACAGACGUUUUACUCCCUUUGCCUCCUUCUGAUGUCACAUACUCGGCUACCAGUGAGAAUCCUUACAUGCUCUCACUCUCCAAAGAUGGAUUUAUAUACCCUCCAAAAAUUACAUUUACUUUAUAUGACACUAUAUUGAUUGCUGCUCAGUUUGAGGCUGGUACUGCUGGUACUGAUAACGUGAACUUGAAUCAUUAUAAACUGACAUUGAAGUAACCUGAGAACUGAAGAGCCUCACAACAUAUUAUUUUGUUAACCGAUUUGAGCGUUGUUGUUGUCCAGGGAAUGAUUAUGAGUGUACAGCUCUUAUGAGCAUGAACGAGGACAGAGUUUGAAGCACUUUCCUGGUAGAAUGAGGUUGAAUUAACUUCACUCACUGAUCUAUUAGAAUGUACCUAUAUUCCCUUUUGAGGACGGUAACCAUCCUACUCAUGCAUAUUGAUUCUAUUUUACUAUAUAGGUAUUUAUGCACCCAUUGAUUUCCACUGCUGCCUUAUGGUAUGUUAAAGACAGGUCACUUGGAAGGGGCUACAUUCCUUCAGGCAAGACAAAGCUUAUAAACGUAACGAUUGAUUGACAUACCAAGCAAACUAAGCAGCAAUUAAACAUAGUUUACAUUCAUGUACCUCAUAUGCUCAGCUCUAAGGAUAUAACAUUAUUGGAAGUUCUGAAGUGACCCCAUGUGUUUAUCUCAUCAUAUGACAUUGUUGUGAGUGUAAGUUACAGAAAAGAGCACAGGCUUGAGUUUUUAGGAAAGGAGUGAUAUGUCACUACACCGCUGGCUAAAGGGUAUUUUUACUCCAUGGACAUGCCUCCCACACAAAACCACUAAAUCUGGUUUGAAAUGUAGACUUUUACUACUUUGAGGGGGAAGAAAUGUACUUAGUGAGGACUGGCAAGGGCUUGUAAUGCCCAAAACACAAACACUGAAGCCACAGAAUCCAGAAAUACUCACAAGGACCAUUUCUUUUGUUCAUGUAUGCUGCACUUGCAUUUGCAAUAUGUAAUUUAACUGUCAUCAUAACUGAUGCCUCUUGUUUCUCUCUGGACUGCAGCUAUAUUGGUACAUAACCCUGUGUGUGCGUGUGUGUGUGUGUGUGUGUGCGUGUGUGUGCGUGUGUGUGUGUGUGUGUUUGUGUGCGCGCGCGGGUGUGUCUGCGUGAAACAUGUUUGUCCAUUUUAAAGUUUUAUUUAAUGACUCCGGUUUUGUAGUUCAUCUACAGUAACUCAUGAAGGAUCCUGUGUUACACCAUGCACACAUUAUUGUGGUUGUGUGAGUGAAACAUAUUUAACUAUUAAUAUCUUGACUCCGGUUUUGUAGUAAAUCUACAGUAACUCUUGAAGUAUCUAAUACACACAAACACACAGUGGGGAAAUAUGCCUGUAGUUUGCAGACCCAGAGCGAGAAACAAAAAAGCCUCACGGACAACAUCUUUAUUUGACAUUCAAUUAACAUUUACAAAUUGUCAACUAAAGUUGCUGGUAUGGUACAACAGCGCCUUUUACAUGUUUUGCCCAUUGUCAUAUUGUACACAAUGUUUAAUGUACAUCUGUGUCACUUAAUAAAGAGACUAAUAUACAUGA